UCUCUCUACAUGUGUUGUGUCCUAAAGGACGAGUCUUCUUCUCCUUCUUCUCCUCCUCCUAAAGGGCAUAGCACAAAGCCAAAAGGGCUCGGAAGGGGGAGAGGAAAAAGGGCAAAGGAUUCAAAGAAGAGAUGGGGAGGGCUCCUUGUUGUGAUAAGGCUAAUGUGAAGAAGGGGCCCUGGUCUCCAGAGGAAGAUAGGAAGCUCAAGGAGUACAUAGAAACAUAUGGCACUGGUGGGAAUUGGAUUGCUCUCCCUCAAAAAGCUGGAUUAAAGAGAUGUGGGAAGAGCUGUAGGUUAAGAUGGCUAAACUAUCUGAGACCCAACAUAAAACAUGGGGACUUCUCUGAUGAUGAGGACAGGAUAAUUUGCAACCUCUUUGCUAGCAUUGGAAGCAGGUGGUCCAUCAUAGCAGCCCAGCUUCCAGGAAGGACAGAUAAUGAUAUCAAGAACUACUGGAACACAAAGUUGAAGAAGAAGCUCAUGGGGUUCCCACCAAACCAAAGAAAGCCCAACCAGCUUCAGCAGCAGCACAAGCAGCAGCAGCAGCAGCAUCAGUUUUUCUCUUCUACUCUAGAAAGCACUUCUCCAUUCUCACUCCCACCAAGCCUAGAAGGAAUGCCUGCUGCACUCUCACCCUAUCUCACAAACCCUAGCACCACCACCACCACCACCACCACCACCACCACCACUUUUUCAUCACCCACCCCUCUUCAAAUUGGCCCUUUAAUGCCUCAGUUAAAAGAAAGUGGCAGCAAUCUCCUCAUCUUUGGUGGUGAUCAAAGUUGCAGCUCAUCAGAUGGGAGCUGCACCCAGAUACACUACGGGAGUGGGAGGGACAUUGAGUUUGAUCUCUUGAAUAUUAGUGCUGGUGAUCAUCAGCAAGUGAGCUUAGAGAGCUACCUCUUCAAUGGAGUGGAAGAUGCCCAGAAGCUAUUACUAAUUAGUGGUGGUGGUGGUGGUGGUGGUGGUUGUGGUGGUGCUUCAUUCGAGUACAACUAUCCUGAGGAGAUUAAGCCUAUAGUUGGUUCAGGUAAUAAUGGGUGCAAUAGCCUCUAUCUUAAUGACCCAACAAGUGGAUGCAUCAAGAACCAAGGGAAGUACCUGUACUUCUGAGUGUAAUUAAAAUCUCAUGAAUAUUUGCUUUUCCCAGAAGCCAAUGGUUGUUUGUGUGUUGUGUCUCUCCGAGACAGAAAAGGCUUUUGAUAGUACAUGAGCUUGGAAAGAGAGAGUGUGUGUAUGUGAGUGUGUGUUGCCUUUUCUUGUGUGCACUAUUAAUUAUUUCCCUCUUUUGUGAUA